AUGAGUCUCUGGAGCUCCUACCGCUCCCUCACCCCCAAGACGCGGGCCCUCUUUGGCGUCGGCCUCAUGGCCUGGGCAUCUCUCGGGUUGUGGUUCUCACCGCAGGUCGAAAACGCGAUGGGGAUGGUUCCCAGCGCCGAAGAGAAGGAGGAGUUGGAGAGGAAGUUGGCGCUUCGGGUGUCGCGGGUUGAGAAGGGGAAUUAG